GCUGGCCAGAAUGUAAGAAUAAAACUUACAUGUUCAGAACAGAUCUUCCGGAAGUCAGCAUCAUCAUACCCUUCCGAGACGAAGCGUGGUCAACAUUAUUACGGACAGUUCAUAGUAUUUUAAAUCGAACACCUCCGCAUUUAGUGAGAGAAAUAAUCCUGUCAGACGAUGCUUCUACAAUGGAGCAUCUUCACCGUCCUCUAGAGGAUUAUAUAUCACAGUUUGAGAAAGUGAAAGUAGUAAGAUUAAAAGAAAGAGGUGGUUUGAUUAGAACCAGAUUAAAUGGAUAUGCUAUAUCAACGGCUCCAGUUGUAGUCUUUAUAGAUUCACAUUGUGAGGUCACUAAAGGCUGGAUCGAACCUCUAUUGGAUCGAAUAGCUACAGAUGACAGAAUAGUGGCCACGGGUAUCAUGGACGUCAUAGAGGGAACAAAUUUCAAAUACAGACCAUAUCAAAUCGACGACACCAGUCCUAUCGGGACGUUUGAUUGGAGGUUAUUAUUUAAAUGGACUCGUGUCAAGUAUGAGGGAGACAGGACAGCACCAGUAAAGAGUCCUACAUUAAUUGGUUGUUUGAUAGCAAUAAGUCGAAGAUUUUUUGAUGAAAUUGGUCGAUUUGAUGAGGGUUAUUUUAUCUGGGGAGCAGAAAAUUUAGAAAUAUCUUUCAAGGCAUGGAUGUGCGGCGGAAGAGUAGAACAAUUGGGAUGUUCACAUGUCGGCCAUGUUUACAAAGGGAGACUACCCUAUAAUUGGGGCAAUUCAUCACAAGGUUCAGUGUUGGAUCGAAAUCUUCUACGUCUAACAGAAGUAUGGUUAGAUGAUUAUGGUGUAUAUCACAAACAGUUAUGUAAUGGCUGCGCGGCUGAUAUCGGAGAUGUUUCAGAAAGGAUUGCUUUAAGAAAUAAACUACAAUGUCAGAGUUUUGAAUGGUAUCUAGAAAAUGUGAAGCCGGACAUGUUUAUUCCGGGAGAAUGCUUCACUCAUGGGGAGAUAAGAAACAAGCAGCAUAAAUCGAUUUGUGUUGACGCGAGUGACGAAGAGAGCAUAUUUGGAAAACUACAUGUGUCGGUUUACGGUUGUCAUGGCAGAGCGGGCAAUCAGCUGUGGUACCUGUGUAACUAUGGGCAGAUCAGACGACUGCGAGGAUGUUGGGCGCAGCAACAUGAGUCGAAUAUCACACUUACCAUAUGUGACGAUAAUAAUGACGUUCCUCGUAAACAUUUUGAAUAUCGGGAGGACGACACAAUCUACCACGCUGACUCCAGGAAAUGUUUGGAUCUGUAUGUGGAUAGCAAAUCUAGGAUUCUAUCCCUUUUAGAGUGUACUGGGAAAGAUAAUCAGAAAUGGACAUGGAAUAGGGGUUCGCCACCAGGACCCAUUCCAAAAUAUCGAAUAAGAAGCAGAGAAAAGAACAACGGCGACGACAGUGCCAAUGAGAACGACGAAACGAAUUAACCAUGGACCGCGAAGACUGGACAUUUAAAACACGUUUAACCGGAAUACAUCAUACCUUUACGUCAAACAUGUUAAUACCAACCAUGUUUAAUUUGCUCUUUAGUAUUGUCACCUUGAUGUUUGUGACUACUACGGGUGUUAAUUGUGUACUUCCGGUUACGGACAGACGGUGUCACUACUUACAUGGUGUAUAUAAGAUAACCUAGAGACCACUGAUCGUUUCAUUUCUGUCGAAUCAUAAUCAUGGAAUUUAGAUAAAUAUUUACUAAAAUAUUAAAAGUGAAAGUUUUAUAUCAACAUUAAACGUCAAUUGAACACAAAAACUUGAUGGAUAAUUAUUGAUAUUUACGUUAAAACUGAUUUUUUUUAAAAACAAUAUUUUAUUCACAUGAAAUGAGAAAUGAUUGAAGAACAGACUAGUCCUAUAUUUUACCCAUAACUAAAACUUAUAUAAUCUUACUUAUAAUGCUACUUACAAUGUUAGUUAUAAUGUUCUAUAUAGUUCUACAUAUAAUGCUAUAUAAAUAAUGAUACUUACAAUACUAGUUAUAUAUAAUUCUACUUAUAAUGCGAUUUAUAAUGCUAUAUAAAUAAUAAUACUUAUAAUAUUAUAUAUAAUGUUACUUAUAAUGCUAGUUAUAUAUAAUUCUACUUAUAAUGCUAGUUAUAUAUAAUGUCACUUAUAAUGCUAGUUAUAUAUAAUGUCACUUAUAAUGCUAGUAACAUACAAUGUUACUUAUAAUGCUAGUUAUAUAUAUAUAUAUAUAUAUAUAUUAUGCUAGUUAUAUAUAUAUAUAUAAUGCUAGUGAUAUAUAUAUAUAAUGCUAGUGAUAUAUAAUUCUACUUAUAAUGCUAUUUAAAUAAUGUUACUUAUAAUACUAUAUAUAAUGUUACUUAUAAUGCUAUAUAUAAUGUUACUUAUAAUGCUAUAUAUAAUGUUACUUAUAAUGUAACUUCAGGAACUUCCCGUACGUACAGAAUCCCAAUCGAGUUCCAUGAAAAUAGAUGUGGUGUGAGCAGAAUUAUGAUGUCAUUAACGUUUCAGCUGUUGAAAUUGGUCGAUAGCACCAUGCUCAUAUUUGUUCGAAUGACACCUUUCACCAUAUUAGUAUCCACGGGUGUACAUCAAUGAGCACACGUCAAAACACAUUGUUCUUGUCAGCUCUAGAGGCGCCCGCCUGGUCUGAAAAAUGUCGAGUGUCUUCUUGUUCAUAAUAUUUACCAAACACGGAGUUUUGUUUAAGCCGUUGAAUACGUCGUAUAUGAGAGUUGAUAUGUCCGUUUCCACAAACUAUCUAUUAUUAUUACGUAUAUUAUUAUUUUUUUUUAUAUCCACAAUUAGUACAAUAGUACAAUAUUAGUACAAUAUUAUUUCCUUAGACUGCAAACAAAUAGAAUUGAUUUUAUGCCAAGAUUCCCAAAAUUUAAUAUUAGUAAUUCAUUUCACUUUAUUUUGUAAAUUUGUGAAUUUUAGAUUUAUUCAUCUUUAGUGAUUUCGAUCAUGUUUUUUUCAUCUUGUAUGGUAGCCAUCUGAAUGUCAAUUAAAUAUAUGCUUGUUUUUAAA